GUGCGGCGUUCCUCACUGCCGUCGCAUCUGCCCCAAUCGUCCCUCCAUUCCUCCUUGCACGUUCUGCACUGCACGGCGGCGUUUCAACCACGGCGCCUGCCGCACAGGCCAAGCCCUUGGUGUGGAAAGGGAGAACAGUCUAUAAGUACGUGACAAAAUUGCGUCCCACUAGACUCGAGGGGAAGGUGGUUGGUGACAAAGGUGCUUCAGGAAAAUAUGUCACAAAGAUAGUGAG